AUGAAUUGGACUCUACGCUCACCAUUUAUGCAUAUCAGAUUGCAUCUCAAGGUUUUAAUUACCCAAGAAAAAAAAACACGAAACAAUUUUUCAAAGCAACAAGAAAUGGAAAAUCAUAUUACGCCAUUAUUUGGAUCUCAACUCAUCAAUUCUAGCUCCAAAACACCAUACUCCGAUGCAACGCAGACAAAAAAGCACAGUCCCGGGCAUGUGAAACGUCCCAUGAAUCCAUUUAUGGUAUGGUCACAAAUUGAGCGCCGUAAAAUCUGCGAAGUCACGCCUGACAUGCACAAUGCUGUGAUAUCGAAAAGCUUGGGAGUGAGAUGGAAGGCGCUUAAUGAAGAGGAGAAACAACCGUAUAUUGAUGAAGCAGAACGUCUGCGGAAGCUUCACUCACAAGAAUACCCGGACUAUAAAUAUCGUCCGAAGAAGAAGCAAGCAAUAAAUCUCAAUGAACUCGGAUCCGACGAGAACAGUAGAAAUUUCACAUCAAAUAUUUUAUUUGACGAUGCUGAUAGUGCUAUUGACAAUUGUGGUGGUAAUAAUAUGAAUGCAUCUGAAAUACAAUACAUCACCGAUGCCAACAUGAUAUCACAUGCGCCGAUAAUUUUCGCAAAUGAUGCUGAGAGUGAUUAUAUUGAAUGUAAGAACAUCAUCAGUGUCGAUACAAAUUUAAAUUUCACAUCAAAUGAAGCUGUCACAGCAGCAACGCCGGUCAUUUAUCGUCACGAUGAACUGAAUGAUCAAAAGAUUGCAACAUACAAGUUUGAUCACAAUUAUGAUUUCAACAUGAGUGAUGCUGAUUAUCCAUCGACUGAUGUUGCCAUAGCGCGGCUUGAUUGCAACAAGACUUUGAAUUGUGAUCAAUUGGAGAAUUGUGAUAUUGGUCCGAUUGACUUUGAUAUGAAUUCAUUCUCGAACAUCUCAUCGUCGAAUUCCGGCAGCCAUUUGGAGUUUCUGUCCGAAGAUGUUACUGAGUUAUUAUCGGAUUAUGGAAUUUCGCAGAAUUUUCUUAUCUAA